AGUCCCGUCUCAUCACUUCCGGCUGUGCUGGUGCAGCAGGCUGCUGUGUCAUGUCUCAGGCAGGAAGAGAUGGCGGUGACAACUGUUACCGGCUGCGCUGCUCCCUCCUGGGGCACGAAUUGGAUGUGCGGGGAGUGGCGCGCUGCCCCCUUUGGCCGGGCGAGGGGUUCGUGUCCGUGUCACGUGACAGGAGCGCACGCCUCUGGGUACCAGACAGUCCUAACCAAGAAUUUGUGGAAUUGCAACGUAUGAGUGGCCACUCCAACUUUGUGUCCUCUGUAUGUAUUUUACCUCCAAGUGACCUAUACCCCAGAGGAUUGAUUGCCACUGGAGGGAAUGACCAUAACAUAUGUGUGUUCAGCUUGGACAGUGCAAAGCCUUUAUAUACACUAAAAGGUCACAAGAAUACUGUGUGCAGUCUUUCUUCUGGAAAAUUUGGUACCCUGCUAAGUGGAUCAUGGGACACUACAGGAAAGGUGUGGCUAAAUGAUAAGUGUAUGAUGACAUUACAGGGACACACAGCUGCUGUUUGGGCAGUGAAGAUACUGCCUGAGCAGGGCUUGAUGUUGACUGGAUCAGCUGAUAAAUCUAUCAAACUCUGGAAGGCAGGCAGAUGUGAAAUGACUUUUCUUGGGCAUGAAGACUGUGUUCGAGGGCUAGCUACUGUAAAUGACACUGAAUUUCUCUCUUGUUCCAAUGAUGCCAGUGUUAGAAGAUGGCUGAUCACCGGAGAGUGCCUGCAAAUAUACUACGGCCACACUAAUUAUAUAUAUAACAUUUGUCUCUUUCCAAAUUCUCAAGAUUUUGUAACUACCUCAGAGGACAGAUCCAUGCGAAUCUGGAAAAAAGGAGAGUGUACUCAGACCAUUCGUCUUCCUGCUCAGUCUGUGUGGUGCUGUUGUGUUCUUGACAAUGGAGACAUUGUUGUUGGUGCAAGUGAUGGCAUUAUAAGAGUGUUCACAGAGUCUCCAGACCGGAUAGCCAGCCCAGAGGAAAUUCAGGCCUUUGAAAAUGAACUGUCCAAAGCAACAAUUGAUCCUAAAACUGGCGACCUUGGAGAUAUUAAGAUAGAAGACCUUCCAGGCAAAGAUCAUUUGAAUGAGCCAGGAACCAGGGAUGGGCAGACCAGGCUAAUCAAAGAAGAUGGGAAGGUUGAAGCCUACCAGUGGAGCACUGGUGAAGGACGCUGGAUGAAGAUUGGAGAUGUAGUGGGCUCAUCUGGUGCAACACAGCAAACAUCUGGAAAAGUCUUGUUUGAGGGCAAAGAGUAUGAUUACGUGUUUACAAUUGAUGUGAAUGAGAGUGGGCCCUCCUUCAAGUUACCAUAUAACCUGACAGAGGAUCCUUGGCUUGUUGCAUACAACUUUUUGCAGAAGAAUGAUCUGAAUCCCAUGUUCUUAGAUCAGGUAGCCAAAUUUAUCAUCGAUAACACUGCUGGCCAGACACAGUCUACAAACUCAGGCUUUGCAGAUCCGUUCACAGGUAGUGGGCGUUACAUUCCAGGAAGCUCUUCUACUAAUAAUAUGGGAGCUGAUCCAUUUACAGGAAAAAAUGCAUACCGAUCUUCAACUGCACCAACCCCAAAUGCUUACUUUCCCAAGAAAGAGCCUGUCACAUUUGAUCAAGCAAAUCCAUCACAAAUUCUAGGAAAACUUAAAGAACUGAAUGAGUCAGCUCCUGAAGAACGGAAAAUGCCAGAGGAGGAUUUAAUGCAGCUUGACAAACUGUUAUCUGUAGCUGUUAAUCCUUCAGGAGGAGCAGUAACAGCUCAGCAGCUGGAUACCUUGUGGAGAGCUGUAAAUUGGCCAGAAGAUAUUGUGUUUCCAGCCUUAGAUGUACUUCGCUUGUCAAUCAAGAAUCCUACUGUCAAUGAAAUGUUCUGCAAUGAAAAAGAAGGCAGUCAGUUUAGCAACUAUCUCCUCCAGCUUAUGAGUCCUAGGGGCAAACAAGCAAAUCAGCUGCUUGUACUAAGGACAUUAUGCAAUUCCUUCUUCUGUGACCCAGGAGCUUGCCUUCUGAUGUCUGAGAGGGACGCGGUCAUAUCAAAAGCGAUAUUACUAAAGUCUGUCAUCAAUAAGAAUAUCCACAUUGCCCUGGCAACACUGAUGCUUAAUUACGCAAUCUGUUUACACAAAGUUAGUGACAUAGAAGGAAAGGCUCAGUGUCUAUCAGCCAUCAGUUCUAUAAUAGAAGUUGUGCAAGACCUUGAAGCAAUUUUCAGACUAUUGGUAGCUCUUGGGACAUUAAUCAGUGAUGACAAAAAUGCUGUGCAGUUAGCAAAGUCCCUGGGUGUUGACUCUCAGAUCAAAAAAUUCAUGUCUGUCACCGAACCAGCCAAAGUUAACGAGUGCUGCAGGCUUCUUUUAAAUAUGCUGUAACUAUUUUCUUUUUACCAGAGGAAGACAAUAUAUUCCCAAUGUGUAUUGUUUUCUUAUUACACUGUACUAUAAGUACAUUGAAAAUGACAUGCUGUGGAUUGAAUGCUGAUUUAAAGAAAGUUUGUCUUCUCUUAAAAAAAAAAAAAAAAAAAAAAACAGGAAAAAAAUCUAAUUGGUCUGAAUAAAUUUUUGCACUUACUGUAGUUUUUGUUUUGAAUAUACGUGAACUUGCAAUAGUGCAUGUUCAUUGAACAGACAGAGCAGAAAGAUUAUUAUUUUGUUAACUUUUUGAGUUAACAGUCUCACUUCUAUUUUGCCUACCUUUUUCCCUUUCCAUUUCUCCUGGGCUAUUUCUUUCCCUCCCACCACAGGGAGUUCUCACUUAUUUACCAAAUUAACCCUGCUGCAAACUGCAGGGAUGAUUUCUUAUCCUGUGUUAUAUCCUUUGGUUCUAAACGUAGUGGUACCUUGCUAGAAAUGACCAGAUGGGGGGAUGAGAAGGUGAAAAUAGCACGGUUUGGGUGUUGUGAAUUGCUAUGUAAGUCAUAGAGAGGACUUUGUGAAGGAAUGUAACUAUAGAGUGUGUGAUUGUGAUUGGGUAAGUUCAAUUUCAGGGGGAGACAAUUUGCAAUUGGUUUUCAUUUUUUAUUUGUUGUUUUUGAAUUAUGAAGCACCUAUCUUGUUGCUAGGGUCUAAAUUACCCUAGCAACGAGACAGUGAUAUGAACGAGAGACUGGAAUAUGAAGAGGUCUUUAAUAGAAAUAUAGGUAAUAAUAGGUUUUUGGUUGCCAGGGUCAGUGACGGCCAUUUAAAAACUGGAAAGAGUCAGAAGGCGGCAAAUAAUUCAAAAACAAUAAAUAAUAAUUGAAAAGUUGUUAACAACUGUCUAUUCUAUAACAUACUGAAAGUAUAUUUAAAGGUGAACUACCCCUUUAAAAGCAGACAGGUCUUUGGAACUUCAGCUGUACUUUAGCAAGCAUAUGAACCAAGUUUCCUUUCUUCUUAUUAUUAAAUCCUUUGGCAUUCAGGAUCCUUAUGAAUAUUGUACUAAAUGACUAAUGAACUAAUUAAAUCUUACUCUGCUGCACUUGAUCUAAUUGA